ACCAUAUUAUCAAAGUUGCCUGCGAAAGAGGUUUCAAGAGCUACUGUUUUAUCAAGCAAUUGGAGGUAUAUCUGUGCUAUUUGCUGCUACAAAUUAUGUUUCGCUGGUGCUACCGGGUGUUGCCGUGAUACUUUUGAAAGAAACGAAUACCUCCAGUACAUGCAGAAGUUCAUCGAUAAUAUCAAUACGGUCGUGCAAAAGUGCCAUGGCAAGUUGCUUGAAGAAUUCCAUGUCAGAUUCGAGUUUGAUGCAAUGCUGGUUGAUCCUCUAAAUAAAUGGGUUAAUUUUGCGGUAUCAUCACGGACAAAGAGCAUAGCUGUCAAUUUACGACCUAUUAACAAGAGACGUACAGAUGUUGAUCGCUACGCAUUUCCUUUUCACCUUUUGGAUAAUGGAAGCAACAUGUCUCAUCUGCAGUGUAUACAGCUUAGCUUUGUAUCUUUGAGACCACCAUCUGAAUUCAGAGGUUUCCCAAUCCUGAGAAAGCUUGAUUUGGAGUUUGUGGAUAUCGCUAUAAAGGAUCUUCAAGUUAUAUUGUCCAAUUGCUAUAAUCUUGGAUGGCUGAGCUUAGUCAGAUGCUUCCUGAAUGGCGAACUAAAGUUGGAUCGUCCGUUGUCCCACCUUCGACACCUAACAGUUGUAUACUGUAGGGUGACCAGGAUAGAAUUUCAUGUAACGAAGCUCGUUACCUUUGUAUACGAUGGACCCAUUGUUCCUAUUUUCAUUAAUCAAGAUUCUAAGCUUGAAAAUGCACAUAUAUGUUUUGACAAGACAAAUUUUCAAGAUGGUGCCAGUUCACUCCUCAAUGGUAUUCCGAGCGUUCAAAAUCUGACACUAAAAAUUUUCGACCAGCGCUUAGAGAAGGAAUCAUUGUUGAAUAGUCCAGGCAAGUUAUCCCGUCUUAGGUGCUUACAGUUGGUAAUGGGAUUAGGAGUUGAAGAUACCGACAAACUUUCUCGUGUAGUUUCCAUUCUGAGGGCAGCUCCGCUUAUUGAGAAGUUGGAGAUCAAUUUUUCUCCCAUUGCUCACAUUUGUUUUGCGGACAAGGGUGCUUUGGGCAAGCAGCACCUUCAGCUGUGUGAAUAUAAUUAUCUGAAGAAUAUGCAUAUGACAGCAUAUAAAGGGACAAGAGGUCAACUUGAAUUUCUUCUGCAUGUUGUGGAAAAUGCCCCUGCGCUGGAGGAAUUAAUUGUGGACACUGCUAUACGGGAUUAUGAAGAUCAAUACGCAGGCCUAUAUUGCAGAAAGAAAGCAUGCGCUGAGCGCGCUGUGCAGCAUGCUAGAUCUUGUCUCGGUGGAAAACUUUCAGCAAAGGGAAUGAGAAUAGGAAUUGAGAAGUGGGAGUUCGUUAGAGGAUUAGGCUUGUGA